AAAGUGCUCUUCUGGUGGAAAAAUAUAAAAAUUAAAAGAUUGCAACAUGCGGUUAAUUUUGAUUUCAAUUUUGCUGCACUAUGUGUUGUCAAUUAAUGCCGAAAAUAUUUAUUCCAUUGUGGCGGCAAAGAACAUUCGACCCAACAGUCCUUUCAACGUGGCCGUUACCGUGCACAGCGCACAUGGUCCUACUUAUAUGACACUCAGCAUUAAAGGACCCUCAUUUGAUGUAAAAAAGAGUUUGGUGGUUCCACCCAUGACCUCGCAAAACGUUGCCUUCGAUAUCCCGAAGAUCACCAAUGGUGAUUACCAGCUAAUAGCCCAGGGUGUAGGGGGUAUAGUGUUCCAGAAAUCCGAAAGUCUGCAAUUCGCCGACGACAAGGACUGGAUCUACAUCCAGACGGACAAGGCCACCUACAAGCCCAGCGAUGCUGUGCAGUUCAGAGUCCUCUUCCUGAAUAGGCGUACCCAACCUGCCACGAUCGACAAGCCAAUUACAAUUGAGAUCCACGACGGAGCCAAUAACAUGAUCAAAAAGUGGGAGAAUGUCAAGCCGACCAAUGGCGUUUUCACCGAAAAACUGCAGCUAUCCGAUCAGCCGGUGCUCGGAAACUGGACGAUGACAGUUAAAGUCCAGGACAGGGGCCAGCAGUCAAAGUCGUUCGUGGUGGACACGUAUGUGAUGCCGAAGUUCGAGGUUAAGGUAAUUACCCCCAGGAACAUUGUGAAUAGAGCUGGGAAAAUUACGGCUACGAUAAAGGCCACGUACACCUUUAAAAAGCCUGUGAAGGGCACACUCGUCGUCUCGUUGGAGGGCAGUGGGACUGAGAGGACCCUGCCGAUCGAUGGAGCGGUGAACGUGGAGUUCCCCUUUGCGGCCACUGCGAAAAGUCCUCUGAAAAUUAUUGCCACUGUUACGGAGGAGCUGACGGACCUGAAGCACAACGGCACCGCCCAAGUAAAUCUCCAUGAGCAUCGCUACCAGCUGGAGGAAUACCUUUGGCCUACUACCUACAUUCCAGGAAAAAAUUAUACCAUUCGCACUGUAGUCAGGAAUUUGGACGGUUCUCCUGUUUUAAACUCGCCAAUGAAAGUUAUGCUUGACGUGUUGUGCUGUCAGAAUAAUAGGACAAAAGAAUCUACCUUUCCGAAAAGUAUCGCCAGCCACACAUUUAUCUUUCCCGAUAAUACAUGCAAAAGUUGCCUUAUUACUGCUAAAUUGGAGAACGCUGCCGAUUUCAAGCAAUAUACAUAUAAGCUGGAGAAAUCACUUAAGAUCGAGGUUAUUACUAACAAACCCAAACUAAGGCAGCCGCUAACAAUCAAUGUUGUCUCCGAUAACUAUCUUCCCUAUUUCAUGUUGGCGAUAGUCGCACGGGGUAACAUCAUCAUUAACCGAUAUAUACAAGUGGAAGAAGGACAAUUUAGUAGGAAUUUAACAUUUUUGCCCUCUUUCGACAUGGUGCCCCAAGCCACCAUUAUUGUCCAAUAUGUUGUUAAUGGAGAGUUGCAUACCGCCGAGAAAACUGUCGACAUCGAAAAGGACUUUGGCAACACGAUUGAAAUUACAGCACCGGAAGAAACCGAGCCCAAGCAGAAUGUGAGCCUCAGGGUUAAGACCGACCCCAAUUCCUUCGUUGGUCUUCUUGGAGUGGACCAGAGUGUACUGCUUCUUAGAUCUGGCAACGACCUCGACCGGAACCAAAUAUUGAACAAUCUCCUCAAAUACUCGACCGAUGUGGUGACCAUAACCAAUGCAAAUAUUUACAUCGAUAAAGAGAGCGGUGGCUGUUAUACUAAUCCUGAUGACCUGAAGAAAUGUUAUGCCUUCCCUCCCAGUCGAAGCUCAGGUAUUAAAUCGGGACCAGAAAAGAACUCAGCUCCUACUGCCGUUGGAUCAACCAAAACGCAAGGUACACCUCCAGCGAUUCGUAAGCUGUUCCCUGAAACCUGGUUUUUUGAUGAUAUAUCAGACGUGGGUGACAAUGGUGAAAUUUAUGUGCCCAAAACGAUGCCGGAUACGAUGACCUCCUGGGUGAUCAGUGGCUUCUCUUUGAACGCCAAGACGGGCCUUGCCGUGACGAGGGACCCAACCUUUGUUCGUGUGUUCCAACCGUUCUUUGCAACCACCAACCUCCCCUACUCAGUGAAGCGGAAUGAAGUGGUAGCCAUUCCCGUGCUGGUGUUCAACUACCUGGGUGGACCUGUCCGGGCCACUGUAUCGAUGGAUAACUCUGACAGGGAGUACGAGUUUGUUGAGGCCACCAGUGCGAAUGUGACCAAGGAGCUUCUGCACCUGCGAAGGGAGAAGUCGCUUUAUAUACCCGCCAACACCGGACGCAGCAUAUCGUUCAUGAUCCGGCCCAAGAAAAUAGGUCUGAUCACUCUGAAGAUCACCGCACUCGCGCCAAAUGCCGGCGACACUAUUCAUGAAAGACUUAAGGUAAAGGCCGAUGGCGUAACAAAGUACGUCAACAAAGCUGUAUUGAUUAACGUUCAACGGUUGCAUCGUCGUCACACAAUGUUUAUGCCACAACGGACGAUAACGGUGGAGCAACCCGAAGAGAUUGUACCAGGUACAAUGGUCGUAGGUGCGGCAGUGGCCAAGACCAUCCAGGCGCCACAGCUUGAUAACCUCAAUGGCCUGGUUCGGGCGCCAUACGGCUGCGGGGAGCAGAACAUGAUGAACUUCGUGCCCAAUGUCCUGGUGUUGGGCUACUUGGAGAACCGCAAAAACAAAAAUCCCGCGUUAUCGGCCCAAGCUAAGACAUAUUUGGAGACUGGCUACCAGAGAGAACUGACCUACAAGCGAGACGACUGGUCCUUCAGCGCCUUUGGCCAGAGUGAUCCUGCGGGAAGCACUUGGCUAACAGCAUAUGUGCUGCGUUCCUUCCACCAGGCACAAAAGUUCGUGUAUAUUGACGACUACGUUAUGUCAAGAGGCCUCGACUUUCUGGAGUCCCGGCAGGUUGCUAGUGGCGAGUUCCCGGAGCGGGGAAGGGUCAAUAACAAUAGCCAUGGCAGCCCCUUAGCACUUACUUCAUUCGUCCUGUUGGCCUUCUUCGAGAACAAGGAAUACAUGAACCGAUACCAGAAAUUGAUUGACAAAGCCGUUCAAUUUGUGGCCCAGAAGGUGGACCAGACAAAUGAUCCAUACGAUCUGGCCAUCGCCGCUUUGGCGCUCCAGCUGGCCAAAAAUAGCAAGGCCGAACAGGUCCUGAUCUCGUUGGAAAGCAUGGCCAAUAAAAGUGGAGAUCGCAAGUGGUGGACCAGGUCGGACAACAGCGUCAGCAACGACGUCGAGACCACUGCCUAUGUGCUGCUCGCCCUUUUGGAGAAAGAAUCGAUGGAUUCAACGGAUCAGAUUGUCAAUUGGCUGAUCAGCAAGCGAAACAGCAACGGUGGCUUCGCCUCGUCCCAGGACACAGUAGUCGCCCUCAUGGCCCUGACCAAGUACGGGAUCCAAAGCGAAAAACCGACGAACGUCAAUUUUCGAAUCGAUACCCCGCCCAAGAAAACCAUAGUCAUCACGGACGACUCAAAUUGGAACACAAAGAAUAUCCCGCUUCCGGAUGACACUCGGGAUGUUAAGUAUUCGGCCUCAGGAAAUGGUCGCGUUCAAUUCCAGAUACAGUACCGCUUCAACGUGGCCACCAAGGAGAAGGAACCCAGCUUCAAGUUAACAACAAUAGCUAAGAAAUCGGACAAACAACGUAUCGUUUUGGACAUUUGCGGCGAGUAUACUCCAGUUGAAGAUUCCGACAAGGGCAAGCCUACCAACAUGGCGGUAAUGCAGAUCAAAUUGCCAUCCGGCUAUGUGAGCGAUCCAGAGUCCUUCGCAAAUAUCAAGGCCAUCGCUGAUGUGAAGCGCGUGGAGUCAUUGAAAGCGGACACCCAGAUUGACAUCUAUUUCGAUCGUCUGUUGCCCAAUGUCCGCAAGUGCAUGACCGUUAAGGCGAUCCUCAACCACCCGGUGGCCAACCUGAGGCCGUCGUAUGUCAUCCUCUACGACUAUUACCAAAAGGAGCGCAUCGCCACCGAGUACUACAACGUGGAGUCCUCCCUGUGCGACGUCUGCCACGGCGAAGAGUGCGGAGACGAAUGUCUUUGAAAGAUUAAAACGCUUCAUAGAAGAUUUAUUUCCAUUCAAGUUUUUUAUUCGAUUUCGAAGCAUAUAUGUAUGCAGAACAAUCAAUUAUGUACACUGUUCAGUUAUAUAUGUAUUAUACAUAUUAAAUAUAUUGUUCUAUAAUUGAAAUAA